AUGUCUUCCGGAAAGCCCGAUAUCACUCUUUACUUUCUCAAUGCAAGCCGAGCGAUCCGAAUCGCCUGGCUUUUGGAAGAGCUUGAUAUUUCUUAUACACUGGUCACCUCGCCAAAGGCAGCCAACGGUCUAGCGCGGCUAGAGUUCAAAGCCAAGAUUCCGGGCCGCCUUGGAACAAGUCCGACUAUUCAGGAUGGGGAUCUGGUAAUCCAGGAAAGCGGUGCUAUCUUGGAGUAUCUGAUUGAAUCGUACGACCCUACAUCACGGCUAUUGCCUGAGGAAGCACAUGCAAGAGCAAAAGUCAGGGAGUGGAUUCAAGCUUCGGAGGGGACCUUCAUGAUUAAUGCUGUUCCGGUUAGUUUUCUUGUUUCGGGUGCUUAA